AUGUCCAUCGAAGUCUUGAAGGAUGACUGCCUGCAGAAGAUCAACUUCCGGGUCAAGAACAAGAAUGUACUUCGUGAGGAGGUGAAGGAGAAGAUGACUUGGAACGUAGAUAGAUCCUCUCCGAGUAACAAAAUUCGAGACAUGAUGAAGUGGUCCAAGGAUAUUCUCAAAGAUAUCUACUAUCAGCGCAAGAUACUAUCUAAUCCUUUUGCAACCUUCUUCACCAAACAAUGGGUUCUAUGGAAUCAGAUAGUAAUCCUGUUGAGUGUUGCCAUCAACAUUUUGAUGCUGGUCACGUGGAAUGCACAUACCUCGCUGGAGGAUGUGGAAAUCACGAAGAACGCAACUUCAGUUCCAAAUGAGUUAUACGAACCACUGCCUCGCAUCGAGUUGGAGCAGUAUGACGUCAUAAUAUUGGCCCUCGGUGGGGUGCAUAAUUUUUUCUGCGGACUCGUCCUGUUAUUCCUAUGCAUGUCCAUAAUGGGAACGAUCUUCCGCGGUUAUUUCUUCGCAUUCCACCUCCUGAAUAUCGUCAACAACAACCAGCUGCUGAGGGGCGUCAUACAGGCUGUCACUCAAAAUGGUAAAUCCUUACUAUGGGUGGCUGUCCUUGGUUUCGUGGUCUUCUACCUGUACGGUCUAGUCAGUUUCGCCCUGCUGAGGUCAUCCUUCGAUCCUGAUAAUGAUCUCUACUGCGCCACGCUCUGGCAGUGCACAGUCACCGUCAUCAGAUACGGACUCGUCGGACAGAUAUUUGACAAACUGAACAGUCACCCAGCCGAGAACACCUUUACAAAGUUUGGUCUUUUAGUGAUAUUUCAUCUCUCCUUCUUCAUCUUCAUCACAACAAUCGGCCUCAACAUCAUCUUUGGCAUCAUCGUUGACACCUUCUCCGAACUUCGGGAUCUCAAAGGCUUCGAUCACCACAUAAAUUACGAACACGACAUUUGGGCCUACAUAUUCUUCUUCAUACACCUCCACGACACAAAGCAAUGUGACUAUACAUCAUUGGAACUUUACAUAUACAGGCUGCUCUCCCAAGAGAAAUUUGAUUUCUUCCCACUGAACCGUGCCCUCUCGCUGAGUGUGAUGGACGAGGGCUCAACAGACUCGAAGAUUGACGACCUGCUGAAAUACGUGGUCACCAUGGUCGAUAGACAGAGGGAGGAGGAUGCCAAGACGAAGCGAGAAGAGGAGCGUCAGAAGCAGCUGAGGUGGCGUGAGGAGAACAGAAGUGCCCUCCUCCAGAUUGGGAGGAGUCAGACUGACCCCGGAAACGAGGGAGGUCAGGCAUUUGGAGGUACAUUACCGCGCCGUCGUCGUAAGCAGUUGGAAAAGUUGCAGCACUACUCACACGACUACCCUCUCUAUGACGCCAAAGAAGCUACUUCAGAUGAUCAUCUAAACCACGACGACGCUAUUGAUCGUCACAGUGAUGGUGGCUACAGAUAUGGAAGUGGUGGAAGAGGUGGUGGUGACGAUGAAGGGGGUGGUGACUCGAGAUCCAUAUCUCCAAGCGGCAGGUUUCGAACCCGCGAACCUUCCACUUGGCUGCCAGAGGAAUCAGUUGAUUCAUUGGACAUCGAUUACAACAACGAAUCAGAACAUUCACUGCAUCACCACAAACAUCACCACCACGAAGGCAUGGAGAAAGGUGUAGAAAUGGAUGAUAGGUUAGCUUCGAGUCAGGUCGGUGUUACCACCUUUGAAUCUAGGGCCUCUUCGAUCAUCGCCCCGAAUGACUACCAAGAAGAUUACGAUGGUCAAGCCCUGCUGCCUCUGAGUCUCGAAAAAAUGACCUCAAGACGUUCAGAUACAGCCGCCAGUUGUCGUAGCGAUCUAGACCGCAUGUCGCCUAUCGACGCUGUAAAAAGAAAAGAGAGAAAAUUCGGAAAGAGUGGUGGACCCAGUGGAAGCGGAAGUGGUGGUAGAAAGUCGUCCGUAAGUAGUCGAAGCGCUGGAAGUAGCAUCAACAGAGACAUCGGAAACGUUGAUGGCGACGAUGAAGCCGCCAUUUUGGAUGAUCCGUUCGAAGUGAGAUCUGAGAGAGGGGGAGGAAGAAGAGGAGGAGGAGGAGGAGGGAGAGGAGGAGAGGUGGAUGCAUCACAUACGAAGAGAGUAGGAAAUAAUGUUGAAAUAAUAAAUUUAUCAAACCUUAACCCACGACUUGAACAAGUCAGACGUUUGCACACGGCUUUCAAAAUUGAGAAAGCAUUUGAGAGCUUACAAACUUCCAUUAUGUAA